AUGACCACAACCGUUCCCUUGAUAUACUCGUUCCCAGAAUUCUUCGGAGUAGCUGAGGCUGUAGCCGACCACAUCAUCUCGGCCCAGAACCAGACCUUAUACAACACCUUGGAUCCACAGCAGAUCGAAUUGAUCAAACAAGACAGAUUGAAGAGACCCAACUUGCUUUCCUCUUCUUCCACUGUUUCCAUCAACAGAGACAACAGCCAUAGUGCCAUCAACAUCAAGAAGGAGAAAAAGAAAAAAGCAGAUGCUCGAUUUAAGAUCGCUAUUUCUGGAGGUUCAUUGAUCAAGAUUUUGCACCAGGGCUUAUUGCCCCGAGAAGAUGCCAUUGAAUGGGACAAAUGGGACAUCUACUUUGCUGACGAAAGAUUGGUGCCGUUCGAGUCACCUGACUCAAACUACGGUCAGGCUAAGAGAGAAAUCUUCGACUUGAUCCAGUCAGAAACCAAACCUCGGAUCUUCCACAUAGACGAGUCAUUGAUCGAUGACCCUCAAGAAUGUGCCGAUGACUAUGAGAAAGUGUUGAUUAACAACUUUGCUCGCAAGGACUCUGUUAAAUUGCCUAUGUUUGACUUGUUGUUGUUGGGAUGUGCACCAGAUGGCCACAUUGCUUCUUUAUUCCCUAAUCAUGGUGAGCAGUUGAGAGAGAAGUUAGCAUGGUGUAUGCCUGUAUCGAAGGCUCCUUCUGGUCCUGAAAACAGAAUCACACUUUCAAUUCCUGUCAUCUGUCAUGCUGCAAGAGUCACUUUCGUAGUAGAAGGUUUAACCAAAGCUCCAAUUAUUCGUAUCAUUAUGGAAAGACCAGAGAAGGGCUUACCAAGUUCGAUCGUCAACGAAGGAGCAGCCGGUAGAGUGUCUUGGUUUGUAGAUGACGAUGCCUUGAAUGACUUGUAUGAUAUCACGAAAAAGAAGUACAAAUAUUUAUCCAUAGCAGAUCCUUGCAACAGUUGA